UCGCGGGUGUAAAUACUGCUGCGUCUCCUGCAGGGGAGGGCAACCUGAGACUUGCGCACUCGCCUCGUCCAGGCAGCGCAGGAGCUCAGAGGCUUCCGUAGAGGGAGGGAGAAAGAUGGCGGCGGCAGCACUGGAACGUUUGGGUGCAUUAUGGAUGCAGAAUCUGAGGGGGAAGCUGGCCUUAGGCGUUUUACCCCAGUCACAUAUCCACACAACUGCAUCUCUGGACGUAUCUCGAAAAUGGGAAAAGAAGAAUAAAAUUGUGUAUCCUCCACAAUUGCCUGGUGAACCUCGGCGACCAGCAGAAAUCUACCAUUGUCGACGGCAAAUAAAAUACAGCAAAGACAAGAUGUGGUAUUUGGCAAAAUUGAUACGAGGAAUGUCCAUUGACCAGGCUUUGGCUCAAUUGGAAUUCAGUGACAAAAAAGGGGCCCAGAUAAUUAAAGAGAUUCUCUUAGAAGCACAAGAAAUGGCAGUGAGAGACCACAAUGUGGAAUUCAGAUCCAAUUUAUAUAUAGCUGAGUCAACCUCAGGGCGAGGCCAGUACCUGAAACGCAUCCGAUACCAUGGCAGAGGUCGCUUUGGGAUCAUGGAGAAGGUUUAUUGCCAUUAUUUUGUGAAGUUGGUGGAAGGCCCUCCACCUCCACGUGAGGCACCGAAGACGGCAGUCACCCAUGCCAAGGAGUAUAUUCAGGAGCUUCGUAACCGGACCAUUAUUCAUACUCUGUGAUGGGGGGGUUCAGAUUCCACAGUGUAUAUAUUUUGCCAUUUAUUUCCUAAAACGAGACAAAUUAAAGACAAAUGCUUUUUAUGA